CGGAUUACUUCUGACGCCGUCUAACUUGUCUGUCUCUCUUGUCUUUGUUGCUCCAUUGGACAGAGGAAUAUAUAAAAAUUUAUAAUUUUUGAAUGUGUGCCUAUAUUUUUUCGACUAUUACACUCUAGUUUUAAUUCAAAAAUUGUUUUCAACUUGACAAUGUCAAAAACGAAAGUAACCGCCGAAUGGCGGAAACGCGUUAAAUCGGAGUAUAUGCGUUUGCGACAACUGAAACGGUACAAACGAGCGGAUGAGGUAAAAAUCGCUUGGAACCAAAAUCGCAGAGUUAUGACAGAAUUUAUGGUUGCGGAACAAAAACGUUUGGCAGAGGGAAAGGCGAUGUGGCUGGCGAUGCAGGACAUUCCCGCACACGUUUCUUGCAUGAAAAAAGCUGAGGCUACAAGCUCAGACGGAGAAGUGCAGACUUGUCCAGUGAAAAUAAUUAAUGCAGUAACACCAAUACCGACUAUGUAUACAUGGGCCCCGAUACAGCAAAAUUUUAUGGUCGAGGAUGAAACAGUUCUUCACAAUAUUCCUUAUAUGGGUGAUGAGAUUCUUGACGAAGAUGGAACUUUUAUAGAAGAGUUGAUAAAAAAUUAUGAUGGAAGGGUUCACGGAGACAGGGAAUCAGGAUUUAUGGACGACUCGAUCUUCGUUGAUUUGGUAAACGCAUUGCUCGUGUAUGAAAAAGACGAUAAAGAGAAAGAAGGACCCAAGAAAGGAAAAGAAUCUUCAAAGGAGAAAGAAUCCUUGAAAGAUGAAAAAGAGAAAGGGGAAAUAAAGAUUGAAGUGAAGAGUGAAGACCCAGACGAUCACAAAGACAAGGACAGUCCACGGUUUCCUUCGAUGCAAAUAUUUGGGGCAAUUUCGUGUAUGUUCCCGGACAAAGGUAGGCCCGAGGAGUUGCGCCAAAAAUUCAUCGAACUGACUGAAAGAUCUGAUCCCAAUGUUCUGCCUCCGGAAUGUACACCCAACAUUGAUGGAGUCAAUGCGAAAAGUGUCCCUCGAGAACAAACUAUGCACUCUUUCCACACGUUGUUCUGUCGACGAUGCUUCAAAUACGACUGUUUUCUACAUCCAGCCAGGGGGACAUCUCCGCAAGGUCUACAAGUCUGUCAUCCCGGACCAAAUUUGCAGAAACGGAAAGGACCGGAUCUCAAACCGUUUUCAGAGCCUUGUGGCUCCGAAUGUUACAUGCAUUUGGAAGGCAUGAAGGAAAAACUGGCAGCUCAAGCAGCCGACAUAAAAGAGGAGGAUGGUGAUGACAAACGGGGCGGACCACGUAAAGUACGAAAGCAAGCGAGCGUGGAUUCUGGCAACGAAGCGAGUAGCGAGGACAGCAAUGACAGUAACAAAUACAGUCAGGGUGGAAGUUGUCAAGAUUUCAAGCAAAACGUUAAUAAAGAAUCGAAAGAUGAGCAAGAAAUGGAAGAUCAGGCACAGCCCGAAAAUCAAACGCCUUUCAUGCUGCUGGGUCUAGAAAAACGUUUAAAAAGCUCGUUCUCUUGGACCGGAUCGGAGCAAAGUCUAUUUCGUUCCUUACACAAAGCAUUUCCCGGCAACCCUUGUGCUCUCGCGCAAAUAAUGUUGACGAAAACUUGCAAGGAAGUUUAUCAGUUCGCUCAGAAAGAAGCUUCCGACAUACCGGCUGUUGAAAGCCUCAAAGACUUUACUCCACCUCGCAAGAAGAAGAAAAAACAUCGUCUUUGGUCCAUGCACUGUAGGAAAAUACAGCUGAAAAAAGAUUCUGGUGCAAAUCACGUGCACAAUUUCGCUCCCUGCGAUCAUCCGGGUCGCCCUUGCGACAAUUCGUGUCCUUGCAUACAGACACAAAACUUUUGCGAGAAGUUUUGUCAAUGCAGCAGCGAGUGCCAGAAUCGUUUUCCCGGCUGUCGUUGCAAAGCGCAAUGCAACACGAAGCAGUGUCCGUGUUAUUUGGCUGUGCGAGAAUGUGAUCCGGAUUUGUGCCAAACUUGCGGCGCCGAUCAGUUCCACAUUACAAGAAUAUCCUGUAAAAACGUCAGCGUUCAACGUGGUCUUCACAAACAUCUUCUCAUGGCACCUUCAGACGUGGCAGGCUGGGGAAUCUUCCUCAAGGAUUCUGCUGGAAAAAACGAAUUCAUAUCGGAAUAUUGCGGCGAAAUAAUAAGCCAAGACGAGGCCGAUCGACGUGGAAAAGUUUACGAUAAAUACAUGUGCAGUUUUCUCUUUAAUCUCAAUAACGAUUUCGUCGUCGAUGCUACAAGAAAGGGAAACAAAAUCAGAUUCGCCAAUCAUUCGAUCAACCCGAAUUGCUACGCCAAAGUUAUGAUGGUUAACGGCGAUCAUAGGAUAGGCAUUUUUGCUAAGAGGGCUAUCCAACCUGGAGAGGAAUUAUUCUUCGACUACAGAUACGGUCCCACCGAACAGCUCAAAUUUGUCGGUAUCGAGCGCGAAAUGGAAUUUCUGUGAUGUCAGAAUAUCACAAACGGACAAUCGGUUUUGUCCAAUUGUACAUAUGAUUCAAAAUUAUGAUGAAUUUGUGAUCGGCGAUUUUUUUCAUAAGACAAUGAAUAAGUUCGUCUAGAUAGAGAAAUCAAUGUCCAAAGGAACAUAUUUUUGUUAUCAACUUCGUAAAUAUGAAUUGAUCUUACACGAUUGAUCAUAGUCCUUCAAGUAUCAAGCGUUUCUCGUAUUUACUUCUCCAUUCCGAGUAUAAAUGAAGAUGGGAAUGAUAAAAAUUAAGAUAAUAAAAUUCCGAUGGAAAAUCGAUCGAAAUGAAGUUUCAAAACGUCCUCGCCAAGAGUUUUUUUAAAUUGGAAAAAUUAUUUGAAGAUUGGCUCCAAAUUGUGAUUAAAAUCGCGUCAUUGGAUGACAGUGUACAUGCAAUGACGAGCCUCAUUCACCGAGACGUGAUUGAAGUUCAUUUUUUCAACAAUAUUCGUCAAUGAAAUAUUCGAUUUAAAGUUUAAAAAUAAAAAAGAAAUAUCCAUUGUUCAAAAUCAAGACAAUUUUCCAUUUUUUUUCAUCGUUUUAAAUCACUUUAAUCCAGCAAUUCAAUCGCUCAGUGUCAACCGGUACUCCAGCGCUCUUGACGUCCGAUUACACUCGUCGUAUAAUUACCAUUCUCGGGAAUAUAGCGAAAAUCCCUUCCACUAUCCCGGCCGAGACUGGACGAACGAACACUUGUCACCCCCAGGAAUAAUUAACGAGUUAAUUAACCCAGAGUCGUGACGAGUUGGAGUAACAUUAUUUACUAUUAUCACGAUGCAUACACGCUCUGUACAUAUACGCGCCGGAACUCGAUUUUCUUACUCAUUCAUUUUCGUAUAUUUAUCCGCAUUUUUAUUUUCUACUUUUCUGUCCAAAUAAUAUCGAGGACUCGAUGAUUGUUGGAUAUUCAUUCGUUUUUUAGAGGAAAAAACAAAUAAUGUAAAUGGAAAUGAUAUUAAUAAAAAUUGUUAGCAUUCUCAAGUGAA